GCUCUUUUGAUCCUGUUUGGAAGCGCGCGGUGGGAGACGCUUGCACGAGUUGGUCUGCGCUGGCCAGUGCACGCACGGCAUGGUUUCGGGCUGACAGCCUCGCAGACGGAAAGCCUUACGUGCGCUCGCCACGCCGUGCAGGAGACAGGGAUGCGUGUGUCGCGCACUCUGCGGGAAUAAAUUUUCCAAGUGCCCUUUCCGGAGUGGAGAUGGUUGUGUUUUUGCUUUUGCUGUGUCUCGCGGAUGGGGUAGUUUCUCAGAUACGUUACUCCGUACCGGAGGAAGCGGACCACGGUACGUUCGUGGGAAAUAUCGCCGAGGAUUUGGGACUGGAUCUCACCAAACUUUCAUCCCGUCGGUUUCAGACUGUGCCGAGCUCGCGGACUCCUUACCUUGAGGUGAACUUGGAAAACGGGGUUCUCUUCGUUAACGAAAAAAUCGACCGCGAGCGCAUUUGUAAACAGAUCGGCAGCUGUCUGUUGCAUCUCGAGGUGUUUCUGGAGAACCCGCUCGAGCUGUUCCGCGUUGAAAUCGAGAUCGUGGAUAUCAACGACAACCCACCUAGUUUUCCAGAAACAGACAUCACCGUGGAAAUAUCCGAGAGCGCAACUCCCGGAACCCGCUUUCCUCUCGAGACUGCGUUCGAUCCGGAUGUAGGUACUAACGCGCUGCGCACAUACGAAAUAACCACCAACAGCUACUUCAACUUGGACGUGCAGACGCAGACCGACGGUAACAAAUUCGCAGAGCUCGUGCUGGAAAAGCCCCUGGACCGUGAGCAGCAGGCUGUCCACCGGUACGUGCUUACAGCGGUGGACGGUGGACACCCCGCGCGGACCGGGACAGCGCUUCUCGUGGUCAGAGUGCUCGACUCGAACGAUAACGUGCCCGUGUUUGAUCAGCCCGUGUACACGGUGAGCCUGUCCGAGAACGCGCCCGUGGGCACGCUGGUGAUUCAGCUAAACGCCACCGACUCAGACGAGGGUCCGAACGGGGAGAUCAUCUAUUCCUUCAGCAGCCACAUUUCUAACCGCGUGAAGGAGCUGUUCGACAUCGACGCCAGGACAGGGCGCGUGGAGGUCCGAGGCGAGGUGGACUUCGAAGAGAGCAGCCUGUACCAGAUUUACGUGCAGGCGAAGGAUUUGGGACCCAACGCCGUUCCCGCCCACUGUAAAGUCUUAGUCAAAGUGACGGACGUGAACGAUAAUGCGCCUGAAAUCACCUUUAGCACCGUCACCGAGUCCGUGAGCGAGAAUGCGGCCCCCGGCACUGUCAUCGCGCUGCUCAGCGUGACGGAUAAAGACUCUGAAGACAACGGACAGACUCACGUGGAAAUACUCGGUGAUGUUCCUUUCAAACUCAAAACCUCUUUCAGAAACUACUACACGAUAGUAACGGACGGCCCACUGGACCGGGAGACUGCGGAGGCGUACACGGUUACGGUGGUAGCCAGGGAUAAAGGCGUCCCGUCUCUCGCUACUAGCAAAUCCAUCAAAGUUCAUGUGUCCGACGAGAACGACAACGCGCCGACAUUUACGCAGCCUGUUUACGACGUGUACGUGACCGAAAACAACGUGCCCGGGGCUUACAUCUACGCUGUGAGUGCGCUGGACCCCGACGUGGGGCAGAACGCUUACAUAACGUACUCCAUCGUGGAGUGUGACAUCCAGGGCAUGUCCGUGGUCACGUACGUGUCCAUCAACUCGGAGAACGGCUACCUCUACGCGCUCAGAUCCUUUGAUUACGAACAGCUGAAAGACUUCAGCUUCAUGGUUCAAGCGCGAGACUCGGGGAACCCCGAGCUGUGGUCUAACGCCACAGUCAACGUCAUCAUCGUGGAUCAAAACGACAACCCGCCAUCCGUGAUUUCCCCCCUUGGUAAAAACGGCACCGCGAGAGAGCCUCUUCCGCGGUCAGCCGAACCCGGUUACCUGGUGACCCGUGUCGUCGCCAUGGACGCAGAUGACGGCGAGAACGCGCGCCUCUCCUACAGCAUACAGAGGGGAAACGAAAACGGUAUGUUCCGUAUGGACUGGCGCACGGGUGAGCUGCGCACGGCACGCCGCGUGUCCGCCAAACGUGACCCGCAGCAGUUGUACGAGUUGCUAAUCGAAGUGCGAGAUCACGGGCAGCCGCCCAUGUCGUGCAGCGCCGUGGUACAGGUGCCGCUGGUGGACAGCCUCGUGGAGGGUCACAGCGGAGAACGGGGCACGAGCAAGACCAAAGACGCAUCCCUAGACCUCACGCUCAUCCUGAUCAUCGCGCUAGGCUCCGUCUCCUUCAUAUUCCUCCUCGCGAUGAUCGUACUGGCCGUACGCUGCCAGAAGGACAAAAAACUCAAUAUCUACACGACCUGCCUCGCGAGUGACUGCUGCGUGCUGGGGUGCGGCGCGUGCGGCGCAGGGGGCUGCUGCGGCCGACAGGCGCGGGCCGCGCGCAAGAAGAAGAAGCUGAGCAAGUCGGAUAUCAUGCUGGUGCAGAGUAGCGCCACGGCCAACGUGAGCGUGGCCAGCGCCGCGCAGGUGCCUGUGGAGGAGUCCGGCAGCUUCGGCUCGCUGCAUCCGAACCAGAACUACUGCUACCAGGUCUGCCUCACGCCGGAGUCCGCCAAAACCGACCUCAUGUUCCUAAAGGCCUGCAGCCCGUCCCGGAGCACGGACAACGAGCACAACCCGCGCGCAGCCAUCGUCACCGGCUACACCGACCAGCCACAACCUGACAUUAUAUCCAACGGGAGCCUGCUCUCGAGCGAGGCGAAGCACCAGCGUGCGGAACUGAGUUACCUGGUGGACCGACCGAGGCGCGUGAACAGCUCGGCCUUCCAGGAGGCGGACAUCGUAAGCUCGAAAGACAGCGGCCACGGGGACAGCGAGCAAGGAGACAGCGAUCACGACGCCACGCACCGCGUGCACUCCUCGGGAGCAGAUCUCUUCUCUAACUGUACGGAGGAGUGUAAGGCCCUCGGUCACUCUGACCGCUGCUGGAUGCCAUCUUUUGUGCCUGGCGACGGUCGCCAGGGUGCCGAUUACCGCAGCAACCUGCAUGUCCCAGGCAUGGAUGCGGUGCCGGACUCUGAGGUAUUUGAAGGCGAGGUGUGUGUGGGCGAUUGCCAUCAGUCAUUCUCCACCUUUGGCAAAGAACCGUCCCUCCACCCACACCAACACCAACACCACCUCCACGCCACGCUAGACAGGAGAGAGUUCGACACACUUCUGCAAUCGCGCACGCCUUACAAACCCUCCACCUAUCUGUCGCGGAAAAGGAUUUGUUAGUUCCUUCCGUGUGGACAUACCAGAGACAGCAUGAUUUUGCACAAUCAGUCAGACUGACGGGAAAAAGAACAUCGAGCUUCAAGCAUCAAGUCAGACUCCAUUUCCUGAGGUAGAGUAGAGAAGACAGCUCAGCCUGGAGGAAGGAGAGAGAGAGAGAGAGAGAGAGAGAGAGAGAGCGGGAAGGAGGGAUGAAGGGAGGGAGGGUAGAGAGGGACAGAAGGUGGGAGAUGGGGCAGAUUGAUGCUGGAUGGCUGGAUGCAAGGACAGUCGGAUUCUCAGCAAGACUGAAGUCAAAAAGACGUGAGAAUCUGAACUGCUAAAAAAACAAAAACACAUGAGGAAGAGGAGGACGAUGAAGACAUUGAGAGGAUGAAGAGGACGAUUGCUUCUCUUGGAUCCUGCGUGUGCCUGUUUACAGCACUACUGUACAAACAAACACAAGAAAACACCAACAAAAUGACAACAGUGAUGUAUUCACAAAACCCUUUAGUCUUGGUAAACACUCCGCACCCAGAAGCCAGCUGUACAGGAAACUGUUUGUGCAUUACAAAUGCAAUAUCACUCUUUUAAACAUGACUGUUUUUCUAUUGUGUGUGUGUGCGCGUGUGUGUGUGUGUGUGGUCAGGUGUUUUCCCUAAAACUAUUCCAACAUUGUUAUUAUUUUUGGUUUUCCUCCCGGAUAACUGCUGGGGCGUGACGAGUCAUCUCCGUGGUGACAUUCACUGUUCCUCUGUGGGACUGCAGUAGAUAAACAGUACUCUUUCUGACACUGCAUAGAUUAUAUCACGUGUGACAAGUCUUAACUGUACUCUUUUAAACUUCAAAAUAAAUAUAAACCUAUAUAUAUAUAAAUCUA